CACUCCUUGUCUCUCUUCACUGGCUGCUGGUUGGUGCACGUAUCAAGUUCAAGGCUCUGAUGCUGGCAUACAGAACAGUCACUGGGUCUGCUCCAACAUACCUAAAAUCAUUUCUUCAGAGCUACGCGCCCACUAGAGGCCUGCAGUCAACUAAGGAAUGUUGCCUUGUUGUACCAACACAAAGAGUCCAUGUGGAAAGGUGCAAUGACCUGCCCUAUCAAAUGAGGAGCUUGUUUAAUAAUCAGCUCAACAUGGCUGAUCUAUACACACUAAACUCAACACACACCAACAUCCCAAAAAUCAAAGAGGGGCGCCUUGCAGCACAGUUCUGGGCAGCUUUUGUAGCUUUUUUUCUGACUGUGUCCUUAUACCCAGUAUAAGGACACAGUCAGACCGACCUUGGAGCAGAUAGACGUCAUUCACAGGAUGUGAGCGCAAUACCCAGAAGAUUUCCAAAUUGCUGCUAGCAGUCAAGGUAAGAAAUUUCAAGAUAAACAAAUGAAUGCAUGUAACAAUUCAAAGUUAAAGGUAUAGUUCAACCAAUAAUGAACAUUCUGCCAUUAUUUACUAACCUGGCCUCGUCUUGUUCCAGACCCAGUUGAUGAUAAAAAAAGGUGGGAAAAUGUCAUAGACUGACAUAUCUAAAGGCCGGAAUAUCAAAGAGACUUGGGAUUUUUUUGACUAGGGCUAGUAAGCAACCACAUAGCAACCACCCAAAACACCUUAGCAAUCGUCCAGCAACCACUCAGAAUACCUUUAACGUAGCAAGCAACACACUAAAAACCACCCAGAACACCUUUUCAACCAUAUAGCCACACCCUGGCCACCACCCACAAGACCCUCGCAUUGUGUUGGUGUGUUUUGCACAAGAAAUUUAAAUAUCUAGUUGUUUUGGGGUAAAUGACAUGAUAUUAUUCUUUAUUUUAAUUUUUUUCUGGCUCUAUUAAGUUCAAAAAUACAUAAAAAAAAUGCAAUUCACACAUAACAAUUACUUGA